GGGCACCUGAGGCACCCAUGGCUCCAAACAAAGCAGGGCACUCCCUCUGCCUUCACCAGCCAGAACGGACCAAAAAGCGGCCUCUACCUGGUAGGUUAAGUUUUUCAUGGAUUUGCGCCUAUAGUUUGGCCAGCAAAGCAGGGCAAAAGGUAAGCUUCAAGCCUCACACCGCGAGGCACAAAUGCAAAUGAGAUUCCCGUAACAACCUGUUCCUCCCUCACGACACUAAGGUACAACCUAUAUUACCCCUCACAACCACCACCGCUCUGGUCCAAGAUGCCUUCCACCAUCCCCGUCGCCCCCGGCACGCCGCAGCUGGAAGAUCUUGUCAUGAACCUGAAGACCAACGGCACUGCUGGUACCUCGUCAGUCGACGGCACUAUCGCAAAGAGGGCGCACUAUGCUCCACCAUGGGCCGAUGUCAGCAUCAUCGGUAUCGCCGGCAGCUCGGGUUCUGGAAAGUCGACUCUCUCGCAGGCCAUCGUUAACAAGUUGAACCUGCCGUGGGUUGUCAUCUUGUCCAUUGACUCGUUCUACAAGUCCCUCGAUGAAGAAGCGUCGAGAAAAGCGUUCCGCUGUGAAUACGACUUUGAUGCGCCAGAUGCCUUGGACUUUGACGUUUUGGUAGACCGGCUGCGAGACCUGAAAGCGGGCAAACGCGCGGAUAUUCCAGUCUACUCUUUUGAGAAGCACGCUCGCAUGGAACAAACCACAUCGAUCUACUCACCUCAUGUCUUGAUUCUUGAAGGAAUCUUCGCCCUUCAUGACCCAAGAGUCCUUGAGCUCUUGGACAUGAAGAUCUUUUGUGAAGCAGACGCAGACACCUGCCUGUCCCGAAGAAUUCUCCGAGAUCAGCGGGAGAGAGGCCGUGAUGUUGAAGGUAUCAUCAAGCAGUGGUUCUCCUUUGUAAAGCCCAAUUUCGAACGGUAUGUCGAUCCUCAGCGCAAAGUGGCCGAUAUUAUCGUCCCCCGCGGUGUUGAAAAUCAGGUUGCCAUGACCAUGGUUACCCAAUUCAUCCAGCAAAAGCUUCUCGAAAAGUCAACUCAUCAUCGUGCGGCACUCACCCGCCUCGAGAUCGGUGCUCUUUCAGAGCCCCUAACCUCCAAAGUUCACAUCAUGAAUCAAACGUCUCAGAUGCGUGGCAUGAACACCAUCAUACACAACAUCGACACCUCGUCAGAGGACUUCAUCUUCUAUUUCGACCGCCUUGCUGCCCUGCUAGUUGAGCAGGCCUUAAACAACGUCUUCUUUACAUCCAAAACCAUCACCACGCCUCAAAACCUCCCAUAUCGCGGCCUCGCCCCGGCAGGCGAGGUAUCCGCCGUCGUUGUUCUUAGGGGCGGCGCGGCUCUUGAGGCUGGUCUGCAUCGCGUAAUCCCAGACUGCAAGACUGGUCGCGUGCUGAUUCAGUCCAACAUCCGCACUGGAGAGCCCGAGUUGCAUUACCAGGUCCUCCCCAAGGACAUCGCUGAACACUCGGCCGUUCUACUGCUCGACGCUCAGAUGAGCUCUGGUGGUUCGGCGCUCAUGGCCGUGCAAGUUCUUGUUGACCACGGUGUCAAGGAAGAGAGAAUUGUGUUGGUCACUUACAGUGCUGGCCGGAUGGGUUUGCACAGGCUCACCAAAGUAUUUCCCGACAUUUCUGUGGUGGUGGGUAAUUUGUGCACUGAUGCCGAGGAGCGCUGGGUUGAAAGGCGGUAUUUCCGUUGCUGAAGUGUUUGCAUCUAAAUGUACAUGGAGUCGGUAGCAUGGUGCCGGGGCAGGUCUGUCCCAUGUUUAUAUAUGCAUUGAACACAGCUUUAUCAUACCCUGAACUAUGAGCUAAAGGCUUCAUCCACUGCGUGUUUUCAUGGAAACGUUUUGGAAUUCACUCCUUGGCCUUCUCUAGCCUGAGCUGUAACAAAACAAUAGAGACCCCUCUGUUUGAACG